GAACGAGAUACCGUUCGCGUACGUCACAUGUCCAGAACAAUUAACAGAGAUUAACUCGUGGCCGUCAAUCGGACAUUGUAACAAGACACAUAUCAACACGUUGCUUCUUACUUACACAACUAAUUUGUAUUAAUGACAGUUUGAACAAGAUAUAUAAAAUGUCAAAUAAGUCAACAUUGCCCGGGAUAGCCAGUUGGAAAUGUGGAUUGGUAUUAGCGGGAAUAACGUGUCUUGUUAUUAUAGCCAUUGUUCUAGCCUUCGCAAUACCCGGCGUGCGUUCACCUUGCCAUGACAACAAUGGAGGAUGUGAAUACAUAUGCGAGGUAACGGAAAACGGUACGGUUUGCUCUUGCCCAGUUGGAUUCCGAUUGCUAGACGACGGAUUGAACUGUACAGAAGACAGUUGUGACUAUGAUAAUGGUGGUUGUGAACACACCUGUGAAAGUGUAAUUAAUGGAACUGCAGUAUGUUCAUGUGACGAUGGAUACUCAUUGGGAGAUGACGAAAUCAGUUGUCAUGACAUUGACGAGUGCAGAGUGGCUAAUGGAGGCUGCAGUCACGUAUGUGUCAACGAUGAAGGUUCAUACCAUUGUUCUUGUAAUGAAGGUUUUUUUCUUGAAGACGACCUCAGGACAUGCAAUGAUACAAAUGAAUGCGAUGAUUCCAAUGGCGGUUGUCAACACGUGUGUAUCAAUAAUCCAGGCUCAUACGAGUGUGUAUGCGAAGAAGGGUACGCAGUAAAUGGUACAGACUACUCAUCAUGUGAAGACAUAGAUGAAUGUGAGACUGAUCUUGGAGGAUGUAAUCAAAGGUGUGUUAAUGACAUAGGAUCAUAUCAGUGUCGAUGUUUCCAUGGUUAUACGCUGAGUAACAACGGCCACACGUGUGUAGAUUUUGAUGAGUGUACUUUAGGUAAUAAUGACUGUGAUCACAUGUGCUUAAAUAACAACGGUUCCUACAGUUGUUCAUGUCAUGCUGGGUACGUGUUGUCAUCGGACGGACAUUCGUGUCUAGAUGUUGGCGAAUGUGGGGAAAGUACACAUCACUGCGAACAAAUUUGCAUAGAACUCAGCGGCAGCUACGCAUGCGCAUGUGAAUACGGCUUUACACUACAUACUGACGGUAGAAGUUGUGCUGCGGAUAAUGCAUGUGAGCACUACAACGGAGGUUGUGAUCAGGUAUGUGAGCACUCAGAAGGUUAUGUCGUAUGUUCUUGUUUUCCUGGAUAUUAUAUGGAUCCUGAGACUGGAAAUUGCAUCGAUAUUGACGAGUGUGCUGUGGACAAUGGAAGGUGCAGUCACUAUUGUGAAAACUUGGUUGGGGCGUAUGAAUGUUCCUGCGACGAAGGCUUUACUCUCAGUGACAAUAUGAGAAAUUGUAUUGAUAUCGACGAAUGCCAGCUAGAAACUGACGAGUGUGAACAUGUAUGUCAUAACACGUUCGGCUCAUAUGCAUGUUCGUGUUUCCAAGGUUAUAAUUUAAAUGCUGAUGGACGCACAUGUGGCGACAUUGACGAAUGCUCAGAUGACAAUGGAGGUUGUUCUCAUCACUGUGAAAAUACAGAAGGAUCUUUUAUCUGUGGUUGUCCAAUUGGUUUUAUCUUAAGAUUCGAUACAGACACGUGUAUAGAUAUCAACGAAUGUUCUGAAGAUGAUAAUGGUGGAUGUGAACAGAUAUGUUACAAUACAAUUGGAUCAUUCGAUUGUUCUUGCGAGAAUGGCUACGUUCUCAAUGAAGAUGGAUUUACUUGCUCUGAUAUCGAAUGGACCACAUAUGCCACUACGCUUUAUGGCGAAAUGACCUCUUUUGGAGUUGCUACCACGUUGCACCACGGUGCAGAGACCACGUCGCACCAUGGUGCAGAAACCACGUCACGCCCUGUCACAGAAUCUACUGUAGAGUAUGGUGAGGCAACUACAGAAGAAUAUGGGGAAGAAACCACAUCAAAUUUUGCCACAAAGACGACUGUUGAAUAUGCUGAAAAAACCACUACCGCUUAUGGGACAGGCACCACGUCAAAUAUUGCCACAGAAACGACUGUUGAAUAUGCUGAAAAAACCACUACCGAUUACUGGGAAGAAACUACUUUGGAAUAUGAGAACGAGUGUGAUGGGGAAAACGGCGGAUGUGAGCAUAUAUGUACAGAUAAACAUAGAUCUUAUGAAUGUAGUUGUUAUGAUGGUUAUACCUUAAAUGAUGACGAACAUUCGUGUGACGAUAUUGAUGAAUGUGAUUUGAAUAUCGAUGAAUGUGAACAAAUAUGCCACAACCUGUUUGGCUCAUACAUUUGUGCUUGUGAUGAAGGAUUUAUUUUAGAUGCUGAUCAACAAAGCUGCUCAGAAGAAAACGAGUGUGAUGUGGAGAACGGUGGAUGUCAACAUAUUUGUACUCCUAAACAUGAUUCUUAUGAAUGUAGUUGUCAUGAUGGUUAUACGUUAAAUGAUGACGAACAUUCAUGUGACGAUAUCGACGAGUGUGCUCAUAGAAAUGGUAGAUGCAGUCAUAACUGUGAUAAUACAUAUGGUUCUUAUAUUUGUACUUGUAAUGAAGGUUAUUAUCUUAAUGGUAAUGGAAGAACUUGUCAUGAUAUUGAUGAGUGUGCUAAUAAGAAUGGUAGAUGCAGUCAUAACUGUAACAAUACAGAUGGUUCUUAUAUUUGUACGUGUAAUGAAGGUUAUUAUCUUAAUGAUAAUGGAAGAAAUUGUCAUGAUGUUGAUGAGUGUGAUUUAAAUAUAGAUGAAUGUGAACAGACAUGUAUCGAUAGAAAUGGAUAUUAUAUAUGUGGUUGUUAUGAUGGUUAUAGGUUAAAUGAUGACGAACGUUCUUGUGAUGAUAUCGACGAGUGUGCUGUGAAUAAUGCUGGAUGCAGUCAUAACUGUGUAAAUACAGUUGGGUCGUAUAUAUGUACAUGCAAUGAAGGGUUUUAUCUUGGUAGUAAUGGAAAAGACUGUUUUGAUAUUGAUGAAUGUGAUUUAAAUAUCGAUGGAUGUGAACAGACGUGCUACAACCGGUUUGGCUCAUAUGUCUGUUCAUGUGACGAAGGCUUUAUUUUAGAUGACGAUGAGCACAACUGCAUAGAAUUAUGGAGAAAUGACAGAAAAUGUGGCCCAAGCUACCCACUAUCAAAUGGUGAACCAGCACAAUGCGACCCCUCAGCCAAGAAGCAUUGUUGUAGUGCUCAUGGACGUUGUGAAAAAGAGCGUAGACACUGUGAAUGUGUGAAUUGCAUCGAUUAUGGAGGCGAUACUGGUUCAGGAUCCGGAUCCGGAUCCCAAUCUGGCUCGCGUGAACGAUUCCUAGAACCGCUUGGCAACCACUGA